ACGCAACGUAUAUUAUUUCUUGAUGCACGUACGUAUCAGACUAUAUGUAAUUGAAUCCCAAAAAGUUGUUCACACCGAAUUAUUUCUCGGGCAUGCCAUAUAUCUCAUCCGAUAUUUGAUUAUGGACUGCACUGGUUCAUGGAAAGAGGUAACUGACAGUUACACGAAGCCAACCACGAGAAAGCGAGCAAAGAGAAUCCGGUUACCUGAGUCGGUAUCAUGAUUGACCCCAGCUCUUCCGAAGAGGAAACGGAUGAGGAGGGAGUUGAGGAGCCACAUCAACAUCAUCGUCAUCACCAUCAUUCGCAAAGGGCCGCCAAAGGCCAAGAUGUUGGCGGCUCGUUUGCAGGAGGUCCCAAUAACACAUUUGGGAUAGCUCCUGGACAGCUUGCAGGUCAUGGCAACAGCAAUCUUGGCAUCGGUGGCAAUGGGGCAGGAGCUGCAUCCAGUACAGCUGCAACGUCGUGGGGAGGAGGAGGAGCUUCCAACAGCCUGGAUGUCCCUCAGUCGUCGGGCAGUCUGCCCAGGUCCGUAUCGCCAGGGUUGGGGCCAGAUGGCGGUACUUCCAUUUCAACUACCGCAACCCUGCCGGCCCAUUCGCCCUCGCUCAACUCCUCGCACCGCAGCGGAUCCCUACCCAGGCCGUUAUCGCCUUCGCCGUCGCUCUCCAGCGAUAAAAACGAACAGGAUUUUCAGGAACGCGAGGAAGAGGAGAGAAAGCGCCGGCUUCAGCUCUACGUCUUCGUGUCGCGUUGUGUCGCGUACCCGUUCAACGCCAAACAACCGACCGACAUGACCAAAAGGCAACUGAAAGUCUCCAAGCAACAGCUCGAGUCGCUCCAGCAACGUUUCCAGAGCUUCCUGAAAGGCGAAACACCCAUCCUGGCUGACGAAGCGUUCCACAAUGCCGUUCAGAGCUACACGGAGCUGUUUUUACGCUCCGAUCGAGUUCUUCAUGCCGUCACGGCUGGUGGCCUCUCGUCACAGGACUUUCGCGAUGUGUUCCGGUUGAGUGUCGAACGUCGAGUUCGAUCGUUGCCCGACAUCGAUGGUCUUUCCAAAGAGACGGUCCUAACAUCUUGGAUGGUUAAAUUCGACGCCAUCUUUAAAGGCGUUGGCGAGGACGACUCGAGGAGGCCUGGAGGCGGCCCCAGAUCUCAGCAGCAACAGCAGCAGCAGAUGAACCAAAACCUACACAGCGAGUUGGCCUUGUCUAAAGAGCAACUCUACGACCUGUUCCAGCAGAUCCUCGGUGUCAAAAAGUUUGAACACCAACUCCUGUUCAACGCCUUACAACUGGAUUCGUCGGAUGAACAAGCGGCCGCAAUCCGGAGAGAACUGGAUGGCCGACUACAAAAAGUAGCGGAAAUGGAAAAGAACCGGAAACUGAUGCCCAGGUUCGUCUUGAAAGAGAUGGAGGUGCUGUACAUUGAAGAACUCAAAUCGUCCAUCAACUUGCUGAUGGCCAAUUUGGAAUCGCUGCCCGUCAGUAAAGGAUCGGCCGACUCGCGCUACGGACUGCAACGCUUCAAACGCUACAACGUCAGCGGGAAACGGAGGAGCUCGUUGCUCAGGUCUCAAGGAUCGCUUUCAAGAUUAGAUCAGGAUGGACCCGAUGGAGAAUCUACCCUCUCUAAAAUGGAUAUCGUCUUGUCUUUUACACUCGAGGUCAUUAUCAUGGAAGUGAAGGGAUUGAAAUCGCUGGCACCCAAUCGCAUCGUCUACUGCACGAUGGAAGUCGAAGGCGGCGAGAAGUUGCAGACGGACCAAGCGGAAGCUUCGAAACCCAUGUGGGACACUCAGGGCGACUUUACCACCACCCAUCCGUUGCCUCUCGUCAAGAUGAAGCUCUUUGCCGAAGCCGAAGGCAUGUUCGCUCUUGAGGACAAGGAGCUGGGACGGAUCGUUCUACGUCCGACUCCUUUGGCUUCCAAGUUCCCCGAGUGGCACAAAAUGGAAGUUCCUAAAAACGCCAUCGACAAAGACUUGCGGAUCAAAAUCGCCUGCCGAAUGGACAAGCCGCUCAAUAUGAAACAUUGCGGGUACUUGUACGCUUGGGGCAAAGGCGUUUGGAAGAAAUGGAAGAAACGCUAUUACGUCCUUGUUCAGGUAUCGCAAUACACCUUUGCAAUGUGCAGCUACAAGGAGAAGAAGACAGAGCCAUCCGAAAUGUUCCAGUUGGAUGGCUACACAGUCGACUACAUCGAGGCCGCCAGCGCCAAUUUGAUGGUGGGAAUGGCAUUAGAUCUGGACGGCGGUCGAUUUUUCUUCAACGCCGUCAAGGAAGGCGACAGUGUCGUCUUUGCCGCCGACGACGAAGCCGAGUCGCAUCUCUGGGUGAUGGCCCUCUACCGGGCGACCGGACAGUCGCACAAGCCCGCACCGCCUCUGACUCCAUCGGGCAAAAGUUCCACCAUCGCCAAGAUCCAAGGAGACACGGAUCGUGCUCGCAAACACGGAAUGGAGGAAUACAUCUCGGCCGAUCCGGUCAAGUUUGAUCAUUCGCUCCUUUUCAAACUGGUCCAGACGCUGACGUUGGAUUUCCGGUUGAACGAUCCUUUUGCUUCUUUGGGUUGGUUCUCACCCGGACAAAUCUUCGUAUUGGACGAGUAUUGCGCUCGCUACGGAGUGCGGGGAUGCUACCGCCAUUUGUACUACCUGGCCGAUUUGCUUUACAGAGCAGAACGCGGAAUGAUGAUCGAUCCCACUCUGAUUCAUUAUUCCUUCGCCUUCUGUGCUUCGCACGUUCACGGAAAUCGCCACUCGGACGGGGAUGUGCUUGCCCCUGCCAGGCCUGAUGGCGUGGGCACAGUCACGCACGAGGAGAAGGACAAGUUUCAAGAAAUCAAAGAGCGGCUUCGCGUUCGUCUUGAAUAUCAAAUCACAAAUUUUCGAUCGUGUUUUCCAUUCGGCCGUCCCGAAGGAGCGUUGAAAGCUACUCUAUCACUUAUGGAACGGGUUUUAAUGAAGGACAUUAUGACUCCCGUUCCAGCAGAAGAAGUUCGUGCUGUCAUUAAGAAAUGCCUUGAGAACGCGGCGCUCAUCAAUUAUAACAAGCUGGCCAGUGAAGCCAAAGUGGAAGGAGCCGAGACCACGAUUCAAGAUGAUUUGAGUGGCGAACAGCCGGGCGUACCUCCCAUGAAGAAACUGGAAGAUCUCAUUCAUUUAGCUGAAUUAUGUGUCGAUCUACUCCAACAGAAUGAAGAACACUAUGCUGAGGCUUUCAAAGGGGUGAGUGCAUUUGCCUGGUUCAGCGACUUACUGGUGGAACACGCCGAGAUAUUUUGGUCAUUCUUCGCCGUCGACAUGGACGCCGUUCUCGCUGAACAAUUGCCCGACACUUGGGACUCGUUCCCGCUGUUCCAGAUCCUUAACGACUACCUCAGAAUGGACGAUAAUUUGAAGAACGGCCGGUUCCAUCAGCAUUUGCGCGAUACCUUCGCUCCACAAGUCGUCCGAUAUGUUGAUCUGAUGGAGUCUAGUAUAGCCCAGUCGAUCCACAAGGGAUUCGAAAAGGAAAAAUGGGAGAUCAAAGGGAAUGGCUGUUCGACUUCGGAGGACCUUUUUUGGAAGUUAGAUGCCCUCCAGUCGUUUAUUCACGAUCUGCAUUGGCCAGAUGCCGAAUUUGCCCGUCACUUGGAACAACGGCUGAAGCUCAUGGCUUGUGACAUGAUUGAAUCAUGCAUUCAAAGGACAGAGAACGCUUUCCAGCAAUGGCUAAAAAAGGGAGUCACCUUCAAUUCGACAGAUUAUGUCCUGCCUGCUGAACUCUGUGCUAUGGUCAACGUAGUGCUCGAUGCCAAGCAACAGUCUUUCAAACUUUGUGCUGUUGACGGAGUUGAUGUGCAUCAAUAUCAUACCAAAAUCGACGAGCUCAUCGAGAGAACUUCCUCCACCAUGUCCCAAGGUGUCGUCAGUCGGUUGCUAUCAGUUCUCGAGUCGGUGAUCAGCAAGUUGGCGCGCUACGACGAGGGAUCCAUCCUCGGAUCGAUCCUUUCUUUUACGUACAAGCAGAAUGUUUCGGGAUCGGGCCGAGAUCUUGGCCAAGCCUAUGUCAACUUCACUCGCAACUCCAUGGACCAAAUCCGCAGCAAAGUUAAUGACGAACUUUGGAUUCUCAACUUGUUUGACGCAUGGUAUGCAGCCCAGAUUCAAAUGCUGGGCACAUGGCUGGCCGACCGGAUGAACCACUCUCUCCAUCCCUAUCAAUGCACUUGUUUAGCUCACAUAGUCAAGAAAUUGUACACGGAUUUUGAACUGCAAGGCGUCAUCGAAGAGAACUUGAAUUCGAGACUGUAUCAGACUGUGUCGACGCGAAUGCAAACGGAAGAGGCCACUUGUGCUCUCACCAUGGGCAUGAGCGGUUACAAUGAAAUGGGUGGGGAUGAAGAAGCAGAGUCUCGACCAAAGGUCAAAAUCAGUGAAACAUCACAAAGCAGUACGGGAAGCGCUGGUAUGGGAUCGACAUCUUCUUUGGAUCCGGCUACUUACGUCAACAAAAUUAGUAACGUGACUACCCAGGUGGUUGGUCGAAUGGGCAAUGUCUUUGGCAAAGGGCUUGGUGGUUUAGGUGGUAAACUCGGUGGUGGGCCAUCUUCAUGGUUCUAACAAAAAAAAAUAAUAAUUUAAGAUAACAAGAUUUUGAUCAAUGAAAGGAGGCCAGUGCCAUUGAGUUGUGUAUCUUACUAUCCUACUUGAUCUUCUAUUGACCCCCCCCCACUAUCCUCCUACUCACCUGUCAACACCUUUCACACACAUAGUUGACUAUCAUGAUCAAACAAAUUUUAAUUCUUAUGAAGGCAGAAAUGCCAAGAGUCAAAACUAGCCUGUUUAUUAAAGAGAGACUACGCUGUCUUUCAGUUAUCGUGUGGCUAGUCAGUAUUACGGUGCGUGCGUUAUAUCCUGCCUGCAUUGCUGGUGAAUAUACAUAAGCUGUACAUAGAUCUAGACUUGAACAAGUUUCGCUCUUUUUAUUGCAUCCCUCUUUUGUCACCUGUUCUUUUUUUCAAUUCGCUCUGACUCUUCUUUUCUUCUCUUGACCCAUGCUUCUCUUUCUUAUAAAAAGGCAAAAAUAACUUUCGACGUCUCAUUCCCGUGUGUUCAACAACUCGUUGUCCAUUUUCCCUCUUGUUAUCCAGCACUUCUGAUGUGGUAGUGGCCUCAAAUUCUUGUUACUUAAAAUACAAUUAUUCCAAUUGA